AUGGCUAGACGUCUUCAUGGAGAUGGUACAGAGACUGGGAAUACUCCGAGUGAAUUUGGUAUGGAAAAGGAAGACGUGCCUCCAUCGGUACCUGCAGUGUAUCCAGGACCAGGCACAUCUGAUGUAACAGGAGGAUCAGCUUAUGUAGAAGCAGACAUCAUGCCAGAAAUAAAUCCUCCUCCAUCUUAUGACUCGGUAUUCACAAUAGCUAGUUCAAGCCAUCUGAGGUCCAACAAAUCUAAUCCCUAUAAAGAUGACAGAAAUAUGUGGGAAAAAGCUCAUGAUUGCUUUGAAAUGUCAGUCCUACAGCAGAUUAUUUGGCUCAUUAUGUUGGCCUUUUCUAUUUCCUAUAUUUUUUACGGUAUUAAAUACAGUGGCCAGUGUUACUGGAUAAAGUUUAAUGAAGACGGUGACAAGGAGGACGAAGAAAAUCUUACAACGUUUAUACGAGCAGAGGGUGGUGUCCUAUGUGCCACCAUUUGUGGUCUUUUUGCGGAGGAUUACUGUUUUUCGUGA